CCCUCGCCAGCGGAGCCCCGGCUGGUUACCGGUCUGCGUUGAUUGAAUGGUUGUGAUCCAAACACGCUCACACAGUCAGACGGAUCUUGGAUGUUGAGCAUGAUUACCGCUCAGCAGGAGAGCUGCUCCAGCCCGCUGCGCUUUGUGUUCCUGCUCCCUGCAGAGAAACUACCACAGAUUUAUUUCUAGACGGUGUUUCCUGCAGCCUCAUGCCAAGCUUCUCCGAAAGCAUCCUUUUUUCUUCCUCUUCCUCUUCUUCCUCUUCUCUCCAGAGGGAUUGGACCUGCAGACAAGAGAGGAAAGGCCCGCUGGGUCACUGCAACAGGUCGAGGAGGAGCUGAAAUCUAAAAAAAAAUAAAAAAAAAUAAUAAUAAUAAUAAUAAUAAUAAUAAUAACAAUAAUAAUAAUAAUAAUAAUGAUAAUAAUAAUAAUGAUAAAUGUGGUGUGACUGAGGGGCAGAGGAGACACAGAGCGCAGAGGAGCGGGAUGCUUUAAUGGUUUCAGCUGCAGUCUGGAUGCGACAGAGAGGAAAACUGCCAGCAUGAUGCCGAUGUUCCUCACCGUGUACCUCAGCAACAACGACCAGCACUUCAGCGAGGUUCCCAUCAUGCCGGAGACGCUGUGCAGAGAUGUGGUGGAGCUCUGCAAGGAGCCGGGCGAGGCCGACUGCUACCUGGCCGAGAUAUGGAGAGGCUCUGAACAUGCCGUUGGAGAAGGGGAGCGGAUGUUGGAGAUGUUGCAGCGAUGGGGGCAGCAGAGGGGGGAGGUCCGCUACCUCCUGCGUCACCAGAGGGCUCCAGGACGAGAGUCAGGUGGAUCCAGAGCUGCAGAUCAGAUGACGAAGAGGAACCAGGUGAAAGCUUCUGUGGAGAGAUGUCUGGAGAACGGGGUCUCAGGUUCUCGUCUGGACUUGACCCUGAGCGACCUGCAGGAUCUGGCAACCCGACAGCAGCAGCAGAUUAAUGCCCAGCAGCAGCUUCUGGCCUCCAAGGAGCAGCGGCUGAUUUACCUGAAGCUGCACGAUCAGCGGCAGCAGCAGCAGCAGGAGACGUCUGAACAGGAGCGACUGCAGCAGCUCAGAGAGAACGCACACAACCAGGAGGCCAAACUGCGCCGGGUCCGGGCCAUCAGGGGCCAGGUGGAGCAGAAACGCCUCAGCAACAGCAAACUAGUGGAGGAGAUCGAGCAGAUGACCGGUAUGUUCCAGCAGAAGCAGAGGGAGCUGCUGGUGGCUGUGUCGAGGGUGGAGGAGCUGAGCGACCAGCUGGAUACGCUGAGGAGCAACAGACUGGAGCCUCCGCUUCCUCUUCCUCAUUACCACAACACUUCCUCCACAGCUGAACUGGAGCGCCUCUACAAAGAGCUGCAGCUGAGGAACAAGCUGAACCAGGAUCAGAGCGGUAGGCUGCAGCAGCAGAGAGACAGCCUGAACAAGAGGAACCUGGAGGUGGCAGCGAUGGACCGGCGGCUGGCCGAGCUCCGGCAGCGGCUCUGGAAGAAGAAGGCAGCUCUGCAGCAGAAGGAAAACCUGCCGAUGGCUUCAGACGGAGUGGCCCCUCAGCACGGCGUGGGCUCCAGAGUGGCGGCGGUGGGACCGUACAUCCAGUCGUCUUCCACAACAAGCUCUCAGGGGCCUCCGGUGCCGGCCCGCCACGAGGUUCUGGUGAAGCCAGCGUACCCGGACGGCACUGCCACCCUACCAAUGCCCGACUCCUCCCUGAAGCCUCCUCCCAGACCAGCCAAACCAGCCUCAGGUUUUGCCACAUCGAAAAUAACCAAACUCGCCGACUGGAGCGGCUCAUUUUCUGAGUCCAGUGGAGGUUACAGCCACGCCUCCACCCUGCCUCGCAUGUCCAGCCUCAGCUGCCACAACUCGGGAGUUAAGACCCUCAUAGAUCAGAAGAGUCUCUCCGGGUCUGACAUCCCGCCUCCUGUUCCCUCACGGACCAAUCACAUCACUGACAAUCAGCCUUCUGGUAAAGGUUUUUCAAAGAUGGCGGCGCCACCUCCAGUUCCCAGUAAGCCCAAACCCUUCUCCUCAUCCGGCCCGCCAACCUUCUCCAAGUCCCCCUACAGCACCGGGACCUUCCCUGGUAAGGUGCGGCAGGUCGGGGGCCACGUCAGGGCUGCGGGGGGCCUCUCCAGCCACAGCCACACGCUCCCUCUGCCCAGCAAGCAGGAGAGUCCACCAGCCGCCGCCGUGCGACCGUACACCCCCGACCUCUCGGAGGCCCCCGCCCCUCUACUGCAGAAGCCUCAGACUCUGGCGGCUUCGUACAUCUACUCCAUGUACACACAACAGGGGAAGGGCUACCAGCCGAGCGGCCAAGGCACGCUGCCCCGCAGCCAGCCCCGAGUUUAUGGGAAGCCCGUCCUCCAGGCCAGUGGGGGGCAGCAGUGUGUUGCCUCAGACAUCAUGAUCUCUGGGUCUUGCAUAUCGGACGGGAUCGAGGCCGAGAACAGUUUCGAAGGUGUCGGCGCGGAGACGGCAGAACGUGCCAACCCACGGCCGCUCAGCCCCACCAAGCUCCUCCCCUUCCUGUCCAACCCUCACAGGAACCCCAGCGACGCCGACCUGGAGGCCCUGCGCCGCCGGCUGCACCAUGCCCCCCGGCCCCUGAAGAAACGAAGCUCCAUCACGGAGCCCGAGGGCCCGGCGGGUCCCAACAUCCAAAAGCUGCUCUACCAGAAAACCACUCUGGCUGCUAUGGAAACCAUCCCCAUGGAGACAGUCGGUCCAGCGGGGACGUAUGUCCAGCCUCACGAGGACGGGAUGAGUGCUGCGGAUUUUAUGUCCAGGGUCGACGACAGCCAGCUGCUCGCUGAGAGCCCAGAGAACAGCCUGACCCCGCCCCCUCUGCCCCCCCGCUCGCCCAUCACUGACCCCACCUCUUGCCGCUCGCUGCCCCUCCCUCUGGAGGACAAGGAAGAAGCGGAGGUGUGUCUGCCCGCCUCAGUCCCCCUGGAGUUCCCCCCCUACCCACCCCCUCCUUACCCGACCUGCGGUGAGGGGGAUCUGGGAGAUGAUGCCGCCAACCUGCAGCCGCCGGAGGUCACAGGACAGGUCCCCGCGCCCCCGGGUAAGAGGUCGAUCCUCCGUAAACCCGGCUCGGAGAGGAUCGAUCACAGCAUACGGGUCAAGUUCAACCCUCUGGCCCUGCUGCUGGACUCGUCUCUGGAGGGCGAGUACGACCUCGUCCAGAGAGUCAUCUACGACGUGGACGACCCCAGCAUGCCGAACGAUGAGGGCAUCACCGCGCUGCACAACGCCGUCUGUGCCGGCCACACGGAGAUCGUAAAGUUUCUGGUUCAGUUUGGUGUCAAUGCCAACGCUGCCGAUAGCGACGGCUGGACUCCCCUGCACUGCGCUGCCUCCUGUAACAAUGUUCAGGUCUGUAAGUUCCUGGUGGAAUCGGGGACGGCAGUGUUCGCCACCACAUACAGCGACAUGCAGACGGCUGCCGACAAAUGUGAGGAGAUGGAGGACGGCUACGCCCAGUGCUCCCAGUUCCUCUACGGCGUUCAGGAGAAGAUGGGCGUGAUGAACCGCGGCGUGGUGUACGCCUUGUGGGACUAUGAGCCUCAGAGCGACGACGAGCUCGGCUUCAUCGAGGGCGACUGCAUGACGGUGCUGAGACGGGAGGACGAUGUGGAGACGGAGUGGUGGUGGGCGAGAUGUGGAGACCAUGAGGGCUACAUCCCCCGCAACCUGCUGGGGCUGUAUCUGAGGAUCAAGCCGCGGCAGAGGAGCCUGGCUUAACCGACGACUGACGAAUCCUUCGAAAGACCAACAUGUUGUGAGAAGGAGUUUAAAACCUCUGGACUCGAGGUUUUUGUUAAAAAAAGAAAAACAGAGACAGAUGUUUUCUGAACUGCCGUUGAGCCUGUUUGGUUUUACAACCUCAGCACAAAGAAUGUCGCAAUGAACUGCCGAAGAGACGCAAGAAGAAACAAUAGCCCGUCUGCAUCCUGUGGUGAAAUGAACAGAUUAUCACUUUACCAAAAUGUAUCUGCAGAUAUUUGCCAAUGAGUCACAUCUGUGGGAUUUUAGUCUCCGACAGCCGUCCUGGGGCCUCAGUGAGCCUCAAAAGCUAAAUGUGAGAAUAACUUUGGGUUCAUCUUGUAUUUUAUUUUUUUCUCAUUUAAGAUUUAAUCUUUAUUUUAUUGUGUAGCGACAGUUGACAUAAAGACAACAUGCAACAAAUGUCUCAAAGGGACAUGGCGUUUGAAACACACAGGCACUAUUUUAAUUAUUUAAGAAUUUAAAGGUACAAUCCCUUGAUUUAGUUACAGCAUCCACGAGUUUCACCAAACGAAGCAAAUAUUGGAAUUAUAACGCAAAUUUAAAGAAGUGUUAUACCAGCUACAGCCUUUGAUCUGUAGGUCCUUCAUUAAGUGUUGGUAUUGUACAGAACCCCAAAGUCCCAAAAAAUAUGUUUUGUGUGUGUGUGUGUGUGUGUGCGUGUGCGUGCGUGCACGAGCACAAGAUUACGUGUGUGAACAAGACAAUUACUUACUAACACGUUAAUGACUUGAGGGAACAAGAGAAAACUUGAGGGAACAAAAUAGUAACUAUUGCCGACAACAUAUUGACUUAGCAGGAUAAUAAAUUGUGCAUACAAGAUUUUAACAAACAAAACAAUGUUUGUUUCUUUGGGGCUCUGUAGUACAGAUUAUUUAUCAGGUCAUUUUUGGGGAGUUCUUUUUAAAUAUAUUAUUUAAAAAUAAAUUGUAGCCAGUUUUUGUUGUGGACUUUUGCAGAUUUUUAUCAAAUCCAGCGAGGACCGGCUCAGCUCGGUGUGAACAGGCUGCCAUUUGUUCAUGUUAGUUUGAUAUUUAUGUCAUUAAUGUUCCUCAAACACAUACAAGAUCUGUGUUGAGGAAAAGCAUUUGUUUUGAAAUAGUAUGAAAGGUUUUAGGGUUUGUUUAAACAAAUAAUUGUUGCUAUAAAAGUUUAUUAACAAGAGUUUGUCAUUUGUUUAUGAUUAACAAGUUUAGUCAUAAAUUAACUAAAUAUAGAUUUUAAUUCUGAUCACAUAUCCGUCUUCUUUUUUUUUUAAACGGGACUUCGUUACAAACCCCUGAAAUGUGGAAGCUCGGUAUUUUUCUCAUAUACCGGUAAUUAUUACAUUUUCCAAAAUAAAAGCCUGAUCAGCUCAAAUCAAGUCCAAAGCUUUAAAUCAGAGGAUGCAGGCUAACCGUCUCCAUUCGCUUUCAGUCUUUGUGCUAAGCUAAGCUAAACACAUCUCUGUUCUGGACACAUGAAACUGAAGUCUUCAUGUCUGACUCUGGGGAAGAUGGAGAGCAGGAUGCUUUUUUUUCAAAAUAAAAUAAAAUUAUCAUCUUUCGAAAAUAGAAAAAAUAUAAAGAAAUAACAGAAGGAAAAUAUUUCAGUCGUGUCGUUUCAAUGGUUUAUUUAUUAGUUAGAGGGACAGUCAGGAAAAACAAACUGAUAAAUCCACUCUUUUGUGUUCAGCUGUUUGUGUUGGACAGUUGUCUCACAUUUUGACCUCGUAGCUCAGAGUCCACGUCUUCAUGGUUCUGCAGAAUCAGCCGAUGCAGAUCAACACUUCAGAUCUCCCCGCUGGCUUCAACACACAUGCAGAAUCCGAAUACAAAGUGCAAAGUCAACAGUAACUCCAUUUGAACAGAAAGCAGUUUCAAAUGCUACACAGGAGCCAUGGAAAGUACAUUCGAUAUUUAGUUUUACAAUUGCACAGAA